AUGCCGGCAACGGUGGCUAAGGAAAUUUCUAGUAUACAAGGUAACUUCUUGUGGGGAGGAGGUAUGGAGGAAAAAAGGAGGAUUAGUUGGGUUAGUUGGAAGAAUGUUUGUCUUCCGGUGGAUAAAGGGGGUCUUGGCAUUAAAAAUAUUUCGGAUUUUAAUUUGGCUCUUUUGAAUAAAUGGAGAUGGAGAAUCUUAAGAGGUGAGGAUGUGCUUUGGCUCAAUUUGUUAAAAGCAAAAUAUGGUGAUCUAAACAUGAAGAUCUUAUGUGGAGGUACUUUUCCUUCUUCCUCUCUUUCUUCUUUUUCUUCUUUUUCUUCUCCUUCUUUUGGUUCCGUUUGGUGGAGGGAUUUGGUGUCUAUUGGAGGGAGGGGGUUUAUGGGGAGAGAGAUCCUAUGGAGUCUUUUUGUCGGUUUAGAGUUAGGAAUGGGUUUUCUACUCCGUUUUGGGAAGCCUCAUGGUUGGAUUCUUGUUGUUUAA